AUGACCGAGCCCCCCGCCGCCGCCGCUGCUGCAACACCAGCCGCAUCAAGUGCCCCAGCACCAGCACCACCAACUAGUACAACAGGCCCAACUUCCACCACAAACACCAACUCCACAGCACCCAAUUCCACGCCAAACAACAACAACAAUGCCAACUCCAAUCUCAACUCCAACAACAACACAACAUCAAACUCCACCUCCAACCCCAACAACCCCAACCAAUCCAACGACUCCUCCGCUUCAUCAACCGCAAACCGCGGCCUCCCCUACUACGAGAAACUCCGCCGCGAACUGCGCGACACCCUCCAAAAGAAGCGUCUAAUGGAUAAGAGCAUGGCCCAACUCGAAGACCAAAUCUACCGCUUCGAACAAUCCUACCUCGAAGAAACCACCGCCGGAAACAUCAUCAAGGGUUUCGACAACUACAUCAAGGGAUCGUCCAGCGGGGCCGGGAUCGGCGGAGCAGGCAUUGCCCUCUCAUCGAGUAUGAGUGGUGGUGGAGGUGCUGCGAGACGAAAGGCGACGGUGUCGGACGCGGAUCGUGUGUUUUCGAGGAGUUCGGCGAGUUUUAUGCGGGAUUCACCCGCGCCUUCAUCGGCUCAAACGACGCCGUCGCAUGCCGCGACUCCGAACUCGACGUAUAAUGGUUCUACUGGAAAGCCUGGGAACGGGGAUGCGUCGUCUGCGGCGAAUAGUGUGAAGGGGGGCCAGGCGUCGAAGAAUAAGAAGAAGUCUGCGGCGAGUAAUAAGGAUAAGGGGGAUGAUGAUGGGACAGAUGGGGAUAGGCCGCCUACGAAGAGGUUGAAGAUUACUUAUGGGAGGGAUUGA